AUGUCGUUCUCGUCCAACGACACGAUGCGACCGCUAGCGCUGCAGAGGUCCCACUCGCUGCCACACCUGGCAAACUCCCGGGAGGACUCUGGUGUGGCGCUGAGCGCGAGUGGGUCCUGCAGCGGGUUAAACAACCUCGGGUAUGGCUCGGACGGGUCGUCCAGCAGGCGGCAUCGGCACCAUCAUCAUCAUCAUCGACACCACGACCUGAAGAUCCCGUACGGGGCACGUCUGGUAGCUGACCUGCGUCAGCUUAUAACGCUCAAGCAGCACUACUAUCCGGAAGGUGGCUGGGGUUGGCUCGUCACCUAUAUCGGUGUCGUCGUCAACUGCAUCGCCCACGGGCUGCAGCUAUCGGCUGGUGUGUUCCUGCUCCAGACAGCACCUAUCUUCCCCCAUCUAAAUGUAGCCGCAGGUGAGUUCCGAAAGUCCGCUGACGACGGUGUUUAA